UGUUUUCACUGUUUCAAGCUUUCCUCGCAGGCUGGGUCUCCCCUGCCUCGUCGGCGAUUCCUCAUCUUCUUCCGCUUCCUCGGCGCGAUGAGGAGUUCUCUCCGCUUCUAUUCCAAGCUUCUCCAAUAUUCCUCCCAGAAUCUUAAUCCUCCCUCUUUAUGCACUGAUGGUGUUCUUCGUCUUUGUAUUCUCUCUCACUCUCAUCGUCUUCAUUCGUCGUCCUCUGUUCCCGAUUCCAAUUCCUUGAAACUCGGACUUACCAAAUCCGAUGGCAUUCCAGCUGUCUCUGCUUCCUCCUCUUCCACCGGUGCAGUCGAUCUCACAUCUCUAAUCUCAGCGUCGCCUUCUAAAGCCAGGGAAAUUGUUGACUUGACUCGCCACUAUAGUCGAUGCUAUUGGGAGCUUUCUAAAGCUCGUCUCAGCAUGCUUGUGGUUGCAACAUCUGGGACUGGAUUUGUCUUAGGUAGUAGCACUGCUGUUGACUUUCCUGCACUAUGUUGGACUUGCAUGGGUACCAUGAUGGUUGCAGCGUCUGCUAACUCAUUAAAUCAGGUGUUUGAGAUAAAUAAUGAUGCCAAAAUGAAGAGAACAAGUAAAAGGCCACUACCAUCAGGGCGCAUUUCAAUACCACAUGCAGUCAACUGGGCUUCAUUUGUUGGUUUAGCAGGCACGGCUCUGUUAGCAACAAAGGCUAAUAUGUUGGCUGCCGGGCUUGCAGCUUCCAACCUUGUUUUGUAUGCAUUUGUAUAUACUCCACUGAAGCAGAUUCAUCCCGUGAAUACUUGGGUGGGGGCUAUUGUUGGUGCUAUUCCACCACUUUUAGGAUGGGCAGCAGCUGCUGGUGAUGUUUCACUAAAUGCAUUAAUUCUUCCAGCAGCUUUGUAUUUUUGGCAGAUACCUCAUUUUAUGGCCCUUGCAUACAUGUGCCGCAGUGAUUAUGCUGCUGGAGGGUUUAAGAUGUACUCACUUGCUGACCCAUCUGGUCAGAGAACUGCAUCAGUGGCGUUGAGGAACUCUAUUUAUCUGAUCCCUUUGGGAUUCUUGGCAUAUGAUUGGGGUGUGACUUCUGGGUGGUUUUGUCUGGAGUCAUUAGUACUCACUGCUGCGAUAACGGCUUCAGCAUUUUCAUUCUGUCGAGAUCGUACCAAAGAAAAGGCCAGGAGAAUGUUUUAUGCCAGUCUCCUUUAUCUUCCCGUGUUCAUGUCAGGGCUUCUAAUUCACCGUGUUUCCAAUAACCAGCUCACGGCAGACAGUGCUGCAAAGUCUUCAUCUUCCAUGGAAACUUCAAUUCAGAAUGACGAAAAUUUUGCCAGAAAGACAAAGGAGAGACACAUGAAAGGAGCACCAGCGCGCCCACCUGUUGCAUAUGCCUCUGUCGCACCAUUUCCCUUCCUGCCGGCUCCUCUGUAUAACAGUUCUUCUUGACAUCUAUUAUUAUUGUUGAGUCUUCAUGUAACAAAAUUAAGCCAACAGUUUUUGGAAUUUUGUCACUUAUUAAAUUGAAUUUUUUGGCAUGGCUGCUCUAUUCAUUUCGAUUUUACGUUGCAUUAUGUCCUGCAUUGAGAAUAUGCAGGAUUUCUAGAAAUAAUUAGGAAUAGUUGUUUCCUGUAUGAUUAUGCCCUGAGAUCAGAUGCUUGGUUCAUGUCGUCAUUGCCAUGAUGAUGUCCCUGAUUUGUUAAUGAACUGUUAAGCCUGAUACUAUGAUUUAAGUACAAGAUUCCAGCUUCGCUUGUGA